CUUGACCUGCGGGCAAACGAGGAGCGUAUCAAGCUGCUGCUGCGGGACCAGGAGCAGCUGCAGAAAAAGUUAGCAGGGAAUGAGCCUCUGAGCCGCAUCAAUUUGAAGGAGGAGUACGACGCGCUGAAGAGCUUUGUGGACGGCUCUCUUAAGCCGCAGAUAUCGCGGCUGAAGCGGAUGAACGGGGAGAAGGAUCUUGACCUGCGGGCAAACGAGGAGCGUAUCAAGGAACUGUUGAAUGAAUGUGCUCAAAAAGGUGCACUAAGUGUUUCUAGGAGGCCCGGUGUUUCGAGCGUUGUGGUGGGAGGGGGUGAUGAGCGUCAGAUUCUUGUGAAUGCUUUGAUUGAUGCGGAAGAGAGUGCUCACAUACGCCAGUCUGACCUUUUGGCGUUUGUGGAUUUGUUGCAGAAUGCAGCCGAUCGAAAUGUUGUGGAGAAGGAGGAGCUGUUGUCUUUGUUAGAGAGUGUAAGAAGUGAACUUCGUAGUGUUUUGAAUGAAAGAGACAAGGCACUGUCUGAUGUAUUAUUUUUGCAAGGAGAGUGUGUUACCUUGCGAGAGCAGUUGUGUAGGAGGUUCCUUUCGCAGUUUCCUGUUGGCGAGCGAAAGCUUUUGGAGGCGUACCUUGUUGAGGUGCAGCGCAGACGGGAGGCGGAGAAUGGAUUGUAUCGUGGGCUCCACCAACGUGGAAGGGCAUUGCAGUGA